GGUAAAUGAUCCUGCCAUGCCUCGGAAGUGGGGCUGGGGGAUCCUCCCAUCCCCCCGGAAGUGGGGCUGGGGGAUCUUGCCCUUUAAGGGACAAAAGCCAGGAUGGAUAAUCAAGUAUGGUAUUUGAGAAUUUCCAAGCUGGCUCUGGCCUUGGCAAUUAUCCGCUCAAAACCUGCAGACAGAAGCAGCAGAGAAUACACAGAGCACCUUGCAAAGGUGGUAUCUGGGCAGGAGUCAAAAUGGAGAGAAAAAGUUGAAACCUUAGAAGCUGAAGUUCUACAGUUACGUCAAAAACUUCUUCUGAGCAGGAUUUGUUCCGGAUCGUUUAAGAGUGGAGACUCAUCUUCCCAGUUACAGGUUCAGGAACCAGGAACUUCUGAAAAUACAUUAACUGUGCUGGAAGAUUCUGGGUGUGAUUUAUCAAAUGAGCAGAGGACUGAAACUUCAGAGGUAUCACAGGAUUUUGUGGAGAGCUAUGCCCCCACACCCUUUCCAUCAUUGCCCAUUGGGAAGAAACAUUGUGCUACUUCGGAAAAUCCUUUGUCUUCUCACAUGCAAUUCUUGCAUCAUCUACUUGAGCUGAAGAGCUGGACAGAAUCAGGGAGUCUCAAAACAGACUUAAGCCACUUUGAAAACAACUCUUCAACGGUGUCUGAUUCUGUUUUUCAGUUGCUGGAUGGCCUGAUCACUUUUUACCGUGAACCCAAAUUUCCUUUUUCAAGUUUUUGGACAGAAGCUGUUGAUACUUUAGCUAGAUUGAUCAGUGAUCGUGACUUAUCUAAUCAUAUUCUUAAAAAGUGUUCCAAGAAGUUGGAAGAAUUUGAGAAAACCCUACUACAGAUUAUUUUAAGAAACAACCAUAUUAAUCGGUUUCAGGUACAGCAUUAUGUCUCUCAGAGUCUGGUAACCCUGGGAAAUUGCAGCUUGUUAAGAAAAUCUGUAAUAUCUCUGCUUCUAUCAGAAGUAAAUAGCUUCAUUGAUGAUCUGGAUGCCAUCAAUCAGGAGCAAGCCAGUUAUGAUGUGACACGCUAUGAAAACAUUUUCUCCCUCUUCUGGGUUCUGGAGCAGCUUCUUCAAAAGGAAAAUGAAGAUGGCAACACUUCAGAUACAGGGCAUGAUAACCGGGAAAUCCAGAGAUUUCUUCAGAAGCAUGAUGAAGCUAUUUGCCAACUCUCUGAUACAUUUCCUUUACUUACUUUUUAUUUAUGGAGAUUAGGCAUUCUCUUGAACUCCAUCAAAAUAAAAACUGUUGAAAAUAACUCACUUCCUUAGCAGUUUACCAAAUAUCAGAAGCAUAUUAAAAUUGAAUUUAUCAAGAUCUUCUGCUUAAAAGAUUUUCAAAACUAUUUUUAAAUGAGGAUUUUAAAGGGGUCUCUAAAUACAAUCAUAAAUUAAAUUUAAUAGUAUUCACCUGUGUAUAAGAGAUUAUGGGUCAUAUUUCUAUACUAUAAUCAGCCAGUAUCAGCCUUAUUCCCAUGUAACUGUACCUUAAAAUACAGGUCCUCAGUAUAUAUAGGUCUAGUACUGUCUGAAAUGGACCAUUAAUUGUGUAUAUCAU